UUCACUUUGUUUGGAUUCACUAUGUCAUGCAGAACACCGCCGAUGAGACCCUGAUCCGAAGUUUUCAGCUAGCCUUUUCCCUAAGGAGCAUUUCUCUUGGAGGAGGAUUGCAGCCAUCAAGACGCAGAUCCCUCUUUACCUUGGCAACAUCGAUGAUCAUCUUCUCAGCUAAAGCCUACAACGUGGUUGCUCUUGCACCUUGUGCUAAAGCAGCACUUACAAAUGAAACAGUUGAUCCAUUUCUACGGUUGGUUGAUGAUCGCAAAUUGCAAGCUGUCAAUUCUGGAGCUGACCAAGUAAGGAAAGUUUAUGGAUCAAAAGAAGAUGAUGAGGAUGCUUUAAGGUCACUUUCUGCUAUAGAAAAAUCUGAGAGCCAAUCUAAGGAAUCGUUUACUACCAUGAUAGUGCAGACGCUUAGAAAUUCACCAGAUGAUUCAUCAAUUAUAAAACAGCAGUUGCUUAAUGAUUUUCUGCCUGAUGAUGCAUGUCCAUUGGGAGCUCCGUUGAACAUGGAAACACCCAGAGAAAUAGACCAAGUUGGCGUACAAGAUGAUGGAGAACCUGAUAAGGCGGAGCCCCCAUUAUUCACAAUUGGGGAUAAUGCCUUACCCAAUGCAUCUGAAAAUCAAACCGAUCCUGGCACAAAAGUUGCAAUGGAAAGUUUAAGCCUAAUAAGCGUUGAUCAGCUUUUAGAUUCGGUUUUGGAGACGACACAUCAAGUUGGAAGAUUAUCAGUCUCAGCUGCUACAAACAUGCCUUACAUGGAAAUAGCUGGCCAGUGUGAGGCCAUUCAAAUGGGGAAGCAGCAGAAGUUGUCGACGUUUAUAGUUUCCCAACAGAGACAAGAAAGUUUGAUUAGAUUUUCUAAUGACUGUAGCCAGGAAAAGGAGACUCCAUCUGUUGUUCCGCUGGGCGCUCCUACGAGUGGAAAUCCAUUCCUUGAAUCGGGUGCUAUUUCACUCAACCAAUCUGUUGGCAAUGGCUCUUUGAUGCUUUGCGCAACUGAGUAUCAGCCCUAUCCGCACUUCCAGCUACCGGCAUCAAGCCCCUACGAUAACUUUUUAAAGGCUGCAGGUUGUUGAUCCGUGUAGAGAAAGUUCGAUAGCCCUUGUAGCACGUAAGAAAUUGAGUGUUAACAGCACUGGAGCGAGCGGCAGUUGUAUCUGCAACAAGUUUGUGUUGUUCCCGAUUCAGCCAGCCAUGUUUUCUCUUCAUAUACCCACUGACUGACUGCAUUCAUUUAGUCAUCAAUUGUUGAUAGGGAGGUUCAUUUUUUAUAUCUUUUUAGGCUCUCCCUCACUUUACAUGUUUGAUAUUGUAAAGUAAGAGUUUUGCUCACUUGCACAU